AACUGUAAGACAUGGUGUUGAUUUCUUUUAUGCAUUGAUAACCUUUUCCUAUAGGGCCUUUGAUUUCUGUGCAGGCUUUGACAAAUAUUUUCAAACCAUUUUUCCACUAAAGUCUUUAGUAUAUUACGAAUUUUCAUUCUAUUUAUGAAUGGGUUGCUUUAAAGCUUCAUUUAUUAAGAAUGAAACAACAUUUUGUUUUCCAGAGGGGACUGAGAAGUGUCCAAGAUUAACUGUCCAUUUGAUCAAAAGCUGUGUUCUUUCCAGUGAUGAUACAGACUUGUGGGAAUUCGUACCAGAAACAGCACUCUUGGGAAUUCAUACCAGAAACAAAAGUAUGUUGAUGUAUAGAAGAUGUUGUACAUGCAGAUAAAUAUUCAAUUGUGGAUGUGGAACCCUGAUCUUACCUAGAGGAGUUGCAUCAAAUUUUUAACAUAUUUUAGCAGAAUGUUUGCAAUGUGAAAAUAACAUUCUUAUUUUAAAUAGUCGGAUUCAGUGAUACUUUCUUUUACUUCACACACCACUCCUUGUGAUAAUGACAUAACAUAAAGAAAAAGGGAACGGCAGUACCAGAUUGAAUUGUUUCGAUGUGAUCAACUAAUUUUUUUUUAUGGUACGCAUUUACUGUAUGAGACAAUGACGUAAGAAUAAGAAAAAGAAACCAUUAUACUAGACAAAAUUGUUUCAGGGUGAUAAAUAACAAUGACUUUUGAAAAAAGAAAAGACAAUAUUUUACCCGACAAUACAAUAGUGGAAGAGGAGUCUGCGGAGAUGCAAGAACUACGAAGCAUGUCUGAACCUCCGCAGAUAGAGGAUGAAACAUAUAUGUCGGAAAUGCCACAUUCUCCAUUGUGGAGUCAAAGUGACAAGCAGGCGACACAAAGAUUAAUGCUAGAUAAAUACAAGGCAAAAGUGCGGCCAACGAUGAAGGCGACAAUUCAAGCGAAGGUUUAUAAUUUUCUUGAGAGACCAACUGGAUGGAAGUGUUUUAUCUACCAUUUUACCGUAUUCAUGAUGGUGCUGAUAUGUCUCAUAUUUAGUGUGUUAUCAACAAUAGAUCAAUAUGGAGAAUUCGCUAAUGCAACGCUCUUCUGGAUGGAGAUAGUGUUGGUUGUAUUUUUCGGAGUAGAAUACGUUGUGAGACUAUGGUCAGCUGGUUGUCGCAGUAAAUAUAUUGGAAUCAGAGGAAGAUUUAGAUUUGCGAGAAAACCAAUCUCUAUAAUAGAUUUUCUGGUUGUGACUGCAUCAGCUGUUGUUUUAGCAGUAGGAUCUAAUGGUCAAGUCUUUGCAACAUCUGCAAUAAGAGGAGUUCGUUUUUUACAGAUUUUGCGAAUGCUUCAUGUUGAUCGACAAGGUGGCACAUGGCGACUUUUAGGUUCUGUUGUAUAUAUUCAUAGACAGGAAUUAAUUACCACACUGUAUAUAGGCUUUCUAGGGCUCAUCUUCUCUUCAUACUUUGUAUAUUUGGCCGAAAAAGAUGCAGAGCCGGACUCUGGAUCAAAGUUUAACAGCUAUGCAGAUGCCCUCUGGUGGGGGGUGAUAACAGUGACUACUAUAGGUUAUGGUGAUACAGUUCCCCAGACAUGGAUGGGGAGAAUUGUCGCCUCAUGUUUCUCAGUGUUUGCAAUAUCAUUUUUCGCUCUUCCAGCCGGAAUCCUAGGUUCUGGAUUUGCCUUAAAAGUUCAACAAAAGCAGAGACAGAAACAUUUUAAUCGGCAGAUUCCUACAGCGGCUUCGCUUAUACAGAGUAUAUGGCGAUGUCAUGCAGCCGAUCCAAAAUUUAAAUCAGAAGCAACCUGGCGGAUUCAUCUUCAUCCAUAUCAUCAUCACCACAAUCAUCAUUACAUGAACAUGUUCAGCUCAAAUACAGGCUCAAACAAUGCUCUGAGUCGUAUGGCACGCCGAGCCAGUCUUCUCACUCGAAGAUUCUCCUCUCAGAAACUUAAUACUUCAGAUAUUCCAAAUAUUGUACAGAAUUGCUCAGGUGUAAAUAGUCAAUUUCAACAUGGUGUUCAGGAAACGUCAAUAGACGAUGACUUUGAUUAUCAUAUGCAUAUGGUUUCUAGACCUGAACAUCUCACAGAAUCUCAUAAAGUUAUGAUACGUGUGAUAAGAAAAAUAAAAUUUUUCGUGGCAAGAAGAAAAUUUCAGCAAGCACGCAAACCAUAUGAUGUACGUGAUGUGAUAGAACAGUAUUCUCAGGGUCAUUUAAACAUGAUGGUCAGAAUAAAAGAGCUACAACGAAGGUUAGACCAAACAUUAGGUAAGCCUAGUUACCUAGGCAACAUGAAAGAUAAGGACAGAAUGACAUUGUGUUCAAGAGUGGCAACUAUAGAACAUCAGGUUAAUAGGCUGGAUAAAAAAAUGGACCAGACUUUAGUGUUAUUAAACAUUUUAGUAAAAUCACAGCAACAAAGUGAGAGACCUUUAUAUGCAAGAAGUUUGUCGAAAGACAGUUCUCGAUCUGGUAGUAAACCGUCCGAGGGUCGGGAAAAUAGAGACGGUUCAAGACCUCGUAGGUCUUCAGAAGGAUUUGAGGAAAGAGGCAGCAAUAAUACAUAUAAAUCACCACAGGACUUUGAAAAAAGAAAUAUGACAGAGGAACAAAUGGUGGAUGAAGAAGAAGAGGAUUCCUAGCAGAGUCGUGGUCCUUUAUAACCACAUGCUUCAAAACUUAUUUCCUUUACCUUAUAGGGUUCAAUUGGGUUUGAGUUUUAAGUGAAAUGUAUAUCAUCACAUUAAAAAGAAAACACAGGAUAAUAUUUUAAACAUUCCAGUGUUUGUAUAUAGUCAAAAUAGUCGAGCAAAGUGUAAUCGUCAUGAUUACAUUGUAUUUAUUAAAUCAUGAUUACAUAUGAGCCGUGCC